AUGCUUCGCUUACUGCAAUUGGAAGAACCUGCCAAAACGGCUUGGAAAAGUUCCAAACAGAACCUUAGCCACGGCAAUAGCUCGCAAGUGGGUGCAAGUUCCGGUUCGAAGCGUAGACACGAACCGGAUGGCGCAGUUAACGAGCAAACGCUCGAGCUGUGGCCGGAACAAACAACAGUAUCGUUUGACGAGGACGAAGAUCAGAACAGUUUCCCAGAUGGAGGACUUCCGGCGUAUAUGGCCCUUUUGGGCUCAUUCAUGGGUCUUUUGCCCGUAUGGGGUGUGAUGAACUCAUUGGGAGCAUUAGAAGGUUACAUUUCCACGCAUCAACUUGCUUCAAGCUCAUCAUCGGGAGUAUCGUGGAUUUUUUCCAUUUAUCUCACUUUGUUCAGUUCCAGUUGCGUACUAACUGGAGCGUAUUUCGAUCGCAACGGUGGAUUCGUCCCGCUCUGUGUGGGGUCCCUGGUGUUUGUGGGAGGCAUUUUUGCGACCGGUAAUUGCCAGACUAUCUGGCAGUUCAUUUUAGCAUUUUCCGUCGUGGUCGGUUUGGCCACUGGUGCAUUGACAACUCCGCUGAUAGGAGUUGUUGCAACGUGGUUUUCCCGCAAAAGGGCAAUGGCCACCAGUGUAGCGACCAUUGGAGGCUCUCUAGGAGGCAUUGUGUUCCCUCUGAUGUUGAAGAAUCUAUAUGGGGAAGUUGGGUUUCCUUGGGCCAUGAGAAUUCUAGGUUUUGUGUGUCUGGCUUGCUUGAGUAUUGCAUGUCUUUUCGCUCGCGUCAAUGACAGCGCCAAGCCUGCAAACAUUGAGUUUAGCUCGCGCUCCGAAAAGACCCGCUACUACAUUUUUGGCUCUUUCAAGCUCAGCUAUUUUAAAGAUUUAAAAUACCUACUCACCACAGCUGCGUUCUCACUAGCGGAAAACUCCAUCAUGGGCACCAACACUUUUAUCGCUUCCUAUGCGAUGAAACGCGGUAACUCUGAGGGCCAGGCCUUUACGAUGAUCACGGUGUCGAACGCCGUUCAAAUUUUGGGACGCUACAUUCCGGGAUACAUUUCAGACAAAUACACGGGUAGAUUCAACACCGUUAUCGUAAUGUCCUGCUUGACAGGAGUUGCCAAUCUGGUGCUCCUGCUUCCAUUUGGUGGGAAUUCCAAGGUCCUGUGGACGUACAUGGUGCUAUACGGAUUUAUGUCGGGGUCAGUAAUGUCACUGACUGCAGUUUGCGUGGCGCAAAUAUCGAGAACCCGCGACUUCGGAAAACGAUACUCGACUUCUUACCUGCUGAGUGCCAUUAUGACGCUGCCCAUCAUUCCCGUGUGUGGUGCUCUUAUUGGGAAAGGCUCUGUCGCCGAAUAUAAUCAUUUUAUUAUAUUCACAAGCAUCUUGAUACUGGUGGGAUCUGCAUCGUAUUUGGCAGCGCGGUACUUAUGCGUCGGAUUCAGUUGGUGCAAAUUCUGA